AAAAUGAAGAGGAAGGAUAUAAUACUUCUGUUAUUCUUAUGCGUUUUGCAUUUCUUUCUAAACUUUAUGAGGCUUUACCGCCGAAAAUUGAAAACAGACGGCGAGAACAAAAGACGCGGCCUAGCAUAUUGAACAACUGUUCAAUGAUUCAACGGCGUUCAUAGGUUAUAUAAGCGGCCUGGAACAUUCAACAGCUGAUCGAUAUAAUAGCACGCGCUGUUUAUAUUGGUUCAAAACGAUGGAGUGCGUGAGUUGUGCGAAUGUAACUAAUAAAUACAAAUGCAGCAAGUGCUUAGCUCCCUACUGCUCUUUGUGUUGCUAUCAAAAGCACAAGGAAUCGACGCAAUGUGAGGAAGUUGCCAGAUCACAGGAGACAACUCGCCACCAACAGCUUGGCAAGCUUGCACCCGAAGAAGAGGAGCCAACGGUAUACGCACCCUUCAGUACGGAAGAUACCAUUCAGCCUGCUCUGCUCCAGAAGUUGGACAACUACGAGCCACUGCGUGAACUGCUUUACAAUCCGCAUCUGCGUUCGCUGCUCCAGCAAAUUGAUGUUGCGCAUAAUGCAAAUCUAACAAUGACAGCCGCCAUGCAAGAACCACUUUUCAUUGAAUUCGCCAACGCCUGUCUGCAGGUUGUUGAACCGAUGACAGAAGAGGAGCGCGCCGAGUUGCAGCUGUCCAGUUGAUAAGCAUUUAACACUACUAGUAAUGUAUUUAGUAUAUGAAAUUAUACGUAAGGAAAUUAAAGUAAAACAGUUAAUAAACAAUUCGAAUUACAUAUGAAUUACA